GAAAAACGCUUGCCCAAAGAGCACGGCACGGCAUAAAAUUAUUUAAAUAUGAAGGUGUAAUUCAUUUUCAUUCCAUUUUUGCUUUUCCUCAUUUCUCUUUUUUUCCAUUCUCUCAGUCAAAACAAGCCAAUUUCUUUUUUCGAUCUCUUACAUUCAUACAAACAUACAACAUACACACACAGCAACUUUCUUUGUCAUCAUGUCCAUCCUCAAUGUCUAUGUCACAAGUGAAAACAACUCAACAGAACUUAGACUGUCCAAAGCAUUGACAAUCGAUAACCUCAAGGUCAAGCUCGAGCCCAUUACUGGAAUCAGUCCUUCGUUCCAACAGUUGCAGCUGUACCACAAUGAUACAUUCGUCACAUCGCUCGAGGGACACCCCGAAGGAACCAUGCUCGGAGCCUUUCCUAUUGAGAACUAUUGGAGAAUCAAUGUGAUCGAUACUAAUCCCUCACGCGUCAAGGGACGAUUCAAUGAUGUAUCACUCGUGGAAAAGUAUGAACUUCCCGAUGAAGAGUAUGAAAAGAGAACAGAUACGGUUCUAGCUUUCAAGAAGCGGAAUAACCUUGGACGAUUCAAUGAUGCUGCUUCGGAUUCUUCAUCCGCUUCGGCUCAGAAUCGAGCCUAUGAAGAAGCUGCCAAGAAUAUUAAGCUCGGUGAUCGGUGUGAAGUCAACAUUGGUGGUGAAAUGAAACGUCGAGGCACUGUCAAGUUCAUUGGUCCAACUGAGUUCCAGACCGGACUCUGGGUUGGUGUGCACUAUGACGAGCCUUUAGGAAAGAACGAUGGCAGUGUGCAGGGUGUACGUUACUUUACGUGCCCUCCCAACCAUGGUUCCUUUGUCCGACCUGACAAGGUCCAAACCGGAGAUUUUCCAGAAGAGGACCUCUUCUCAGACGAAGACAUGUAGAAGCUCAUCUAGAAACAAGGAAAUAAAAAU